CAAUAGCUCUUGCAGAACAAAAACCAGAAGAUUUUGAACACAGAUAUUGGAUAGACAAAUUAAUCCAAAAACAAUUGCAAAAUGAAUUAGAAUUAAAACCAGACUUUAAUUUAACAAACUUCAGAUUAAUCCAACUAACCCCAAUAAAAACUAAAGACGUCAAAAAGGGAAUAAACCAAAAACUGCAAGAAAUAAAACAAAAAUAUUACCCAGAACAAUUGGAAAGGCUAUACCUA